CGUAAAGCCAUAGGUAGGGGAAACAGUGAGAGAAGUAGGAGAAACGUACAAGCGCAGGAUGUAGAAAGCAGGGACGCCGGCGCCGUCACGUCGAGCUUUAUCGGGCUACGGAGCGUCGCGAACUAGCGCCCCGACGUCGAAUUUCGGUACUUCGAGGGCAGCAUCUACGUCAGGAAAAGCUCCGAGCUUAUUGGUCCCGGUCCAUUGUUGCGUAUUGAUUGCUGCGGUGUAGUAUGGUCGUCGAGACACUUGGUCGUCGGUGAUCGGCGCGGUGGUGGUGAGGCGAUAGGUUAAGCGCGGAGCGCAUCUUCGUGUUUCCCUUCGUAGUGUGCUAGUGGGGGAUUAACGAUAGAUUCCGAAGCAGGAAGAUAAGUCCGCGUUAAAACCCCAAACAAAUUAUGAAGCGUAUCAAAUGUAGACUACUGGUUGGUCAGUGCCGGUGAAUGUGUGACCUGGAGGCAGAGAUCUGCCGGAAUGACGUGCGACGAGAUCACCGAGUCUCCGGUAGAAGACUGCCUCAAGGUUCGGAAAUGGUGGUGUUUCGUCCUUUCAAGCAUCUUCACGUUCCUCGCCGGAUUGCUGAUCGUCCUCCUCUGGCGGGCGUUCGCCUUCCUUUGUUGUCGCAAGGAACCCGAAUUCGCUCCCAAUGACCCCAAACAGAAGGAGCAGAAGGCGGCCCGCCAGGGCAAAGAGUUCGAGGGGACCUUCAUGACCGAGGCCAAGGACUGGGCCGGCGAGCUCAUAUCCGGGCAAACCACCACUGGACGUAUCCUUGUGGUGCUAGUUUUCAUCCUCAGCAUAGCAUCGCUUAUAAUAUACUUCGUCGAUGCCUCCAACAGCGACAAGGUGGAGCAAUGCCAGAAGUGGAGCGACAACGUUACUCAGCAGAUAGACUUAGCUUUCAAUAUAUUUUUUAUGGUCUACUUUUUUAUACGCUUUAUCGCCGCCAGUGACAAGCUGUGGUUCAUGCUGGAGAUGUAUUCGUUCGUGGACUACUUUACGAUACCACCGUCUUUCGUCUCGAUCUAUCUGGAUCGGACGUGGAUCGGAUUGAGGUUCCUCCGAGCCCUACGACUGAUGACGGUCCCUGACAUCCUCCAGUACCUCAACAUUCUAAAGACAUCGAGCUCCAUUCGUCUCGCCCAACUCGUUUCAAUCUUCAUCUCCGUUUGGCUCACUGCUGCUGGCAUCAUUCAUUUGCUUGAAAACUCAGGGGACCCUUUCGAGUUCAAGAACCAGCAACAUCUUUCGUACUGGACCUGCGUCUAUUUCUUGAUCGUGACAAUGUCUACGGUAGGAUACGGCGAUGUUUUCUGCCAGACGAUUCUCGGCCGCACAUUCCUAGUAUUUUUUCUACUCGUCGGUUUGGCGGUGUUUGCCAGCUGGAUCCCAGAGAUCACGGAGCUCGCCGCGAACCGCUGCAAGUACGGUGGCCAGUACAAGCGCGAGCGUGGACGCAGACACAUUGUUGUGUGCGGCCACAUCACCUACGAGUCUGUCUCGCACUUCCUCAAGGAUUUCUUGCACGAGGAUCGCGAGGAUGUCGACGUAGAGGUUGUCUUCUUACAUAGAAAAGAACCGGAUCUCGAAUUGGAGGGUCUCCUGAAGAGGCAUUACACGACCGUGGAGUUUUUUCAGGGAACCAUGAUGAAUGCUGUGGACUUGGAACGCGUCAAGGUACACGAAGCGGACGCGUGCUUGGUCCUGGCUAACAAAUACUGCCAGGAUCCUGACGCAGAGGACGCGGCCAACAUAAUGCGUGUCAUCUCCAUCAAGAAUUACUCUGACGACAUCCGCGUCAUUAUCCAAUUAAUGCAAUAUCACAAUAAGGCCUACUUACUAAACAUUCCAUCUUGGGACUGGAAGCAGGGCGAUGACGUCAUCUGUCUCGCUGAACUCAAGUUAGGCUUCAUCGCUCAGUCCUGCUUAGCCCCAGGAUUCAGUACAAUGAUGGCCAAUCUCUUCGCCAUGCGAUCCUUCAAGACGUCGCCGGACACUCAGGCGUGGCAGAAUGAUUACCUGCAGGGCACGGGCUGCGAGAUGUACACGGAAACCCUCUCCCCGUCCUUUACCGGGAUGACAUUUCCCCAAGCCAGCGAGUUAUGCUUCACGAAACUGAAGCUUCUGCUGCUGGCAAUCGAGAUCAAAGGCGAGGGAGGUGGCGACAGCAAGAUCUCGAUCAAUCCGCGAGGCGCCAAAAUCGCUGCGAACACUCAGGGAUUCUUCAUUGCUCAAUCAGCCGACGAGGUGAAGCGUGCAUGGUUCUACUGCAAAGCAUGCCACGAGGACAUCAAGGACGAAACGUUAAUCAAGAAAUGCAAGUGCAAAAACUAUGUGGGGAUGAUGAUGAUGCAGACUGGCAUGGUGAAGGGAAAUUCUGCCUACCACAGUUACCUUGACGUGGCCACAUUCCGGAAAGGCGUGCGAGCCGUUCAGAUGGUUGGAAGAGCAAGUGAAGACUUCACGUACUCAAACGACCACCAUCCUCCCCCCACAUUCACUCCGCCAGAACUGCCCAAGAUGGUUCACGUGAGAGGUGAGAUCAGUCGCGAACGAGACGAUCCAAACGCCAUGAGGAAUCAUCGGAACUCCGUGGGGAUGACGAUGAUGAAUUCCACGAAGCAGGUCAACAAAGUGAAACCGAACGUAAACAGAGCGCCCAAUGAUAGCUUAUCAAGCCCGAAUCAACCGUACAAUCAGAGAUCGCAAGAGGAGUCCGCAUACGCUGGCUACCAUCUCGCCUACGAAGUCAAAAAACUCAUGCCCACGAGCAGAGGCUCGGGUGGUACCAACGUCAACAAUAACGGCGGACUGCAAGUGGGAAUCGCCGACGAUCAGGCAAAGGACUUCGACUUUGAAAAAACCGAAAUGAAAUACGACUCUACGGGCAUGUUCCACUGGAGCCCAGCCCGUAACCUCGAAGACUGCAUACUGGAUCGGAAUCAGGCGGCCAUGACAGUUCUGAAUGGCCAUGUUGUUGUGUGCCUGUUUGCUGAUCCCGACUCACCCCUCAUCGGACUGAGAAACCUUGUCAUGCCAUUACGAGCUUCCAAUUUCCAUUACCAUGAGCUUAAACAUGUAGUGAUAGUUGGGUCUGUGGACUACAUUCGUCGCGAGUGGAAGAUGCUGCAGAAUCUGCCGAAAAUCUCAGUGUUAAAUGGUUCGCCGCUGAGCAGAGCCGACCUGCGCGCUGUUAACGUGAACUUGUGCGACAUGUGUUGCAUCUUGUCGGCUAAAGUGCCUAGCAACGAUGACCCCACCCUUGCCGACAAGGAGGCCAUCCUCGCAUCCCUUAAUAUCAAGGCAAUGACAUUCGACGACACGAUCGGAGUCCUCAGUCAAGUAGAUAAUGAGCAAGGUAAUUUGACUGCAGUUGGCAGUCCCAUCGUCCUGCAGCGUAGAGGAUCCGUUUACGGGGCUAACGUGCCCAUGAUCACGGAACUCGUGAACGACAGCAACGUGCAGUUUCUCGACCAGGAUGACGAUGAUGACCCGGACACGGAGCUCUACCUCACACAGCCGUUUGCCUGUGGUACUGCCUUUGCUGUCAGCGUGCUGGACUCUCUAAUGUCGACAACCUACUUCAACCAAAAUGCACUGACUCUGAUCCGCUCGCUGAUAACAGGAGGCGCGACCCCCGAGUUGGAAUUGAUUCUGGCAGAAGGUGCUGGCUUAAGGGGUGGCUACAGUACGGCGGACAGUCUGGCCAACAGGGAUCGUUGUCGAGUUGGUCAGAUCUCGUUAUACGAUGGGCCUCUGGCUCAGUAUGGCGAGGGAGGCAAGUACGGUGACCUCUUUGUCGCAGCAUUAAAGUCGUAUGGAAUGCUGUGCAUUGGUCUGUACAGGUACAGGUUUCGUGACACAAGCUCAUCCUGCGACGCAUCGUCCAAGAGAUACGUCAUCACCAAUCCACCCGACGACUUCACUCUAUUACCUACAGACCAGGUUUUCGUACUAAUGCAGUUCGACCCUGGCCUCGAGUACAGACCGAGCAGAGGAGCUCGUGGUAAGGAUGACGCCUCCUGACUGUUGCUGUGUAGCGCCCUCACCGAUGGACCCUACUCCUACAUUUAAUUGGGAAGGAAGACCGUCAUGCCACCUAAGAUCCCCAACCGAGAUUUAUUCUCGCAUCCCCAAUCUGACUGCACGAUCAUCCGAUCGCGUCUAGUACAACCUGACUCACAGCCCCGUCCACGUUAAAAAUCAUCAGAACGCCAGUGAGAACGUCCGCAGGAGUCAUCACUUCGGAAGCCAGUGUUAUUUUCUUUCUUUUUCGUUUUUCUCGACAAUUGCACAUUUUUACUUUUAUUUCUCCUGUCUGUCUCACUCGCUCUCUUCACUCAAUUUUUUUUUCCUUACUCUCCUGACACAAGAAUGAAUUUUUUUUUUCGUUUACUUGUUUGGUUUUUUAAUUCCGUUUACACCUUGAAUUUUCUUCAUGUCCCACCCUCCCUCCUGUUUCGUCAUCGACCCGCGAAGUGAAAUCGUCAUGACAACGUACUGACAGAAGGAUGCUGGGAUGUGGCAUGAUUAGACCCUGGUCCGAGGGCUGCUACACAUUCGUUACUAAAAUCAUCAGGAUCUCUCCACGAUGAAGACGUCGAUGAACAAACCGGAUUAAUCCGACUGAGUGAACAAGUUCAACUAAAGUGUUAUAAAUAAAUAAAAUUUAAUAGAAACUACCCAGAGCGGUGAUAAAGACUAUUAUGGAAUUGGUCAUCGCGAAGAGUGUCCAGGAUCGUGGCAAAUUAUGAGAGAUGGAGUUAAGUGGAUGAUCAUAGUCACUCCGAUGGAACGCACCUCUCAGCAUGAGGUUCGGUUCUGAAGAAUCAGCAAUAUACAUGGGAAUUCGCGAUACUCGUCCCAAUUUUCUUUCUGAUUUUGCCCAAUAUUAUAUUUGCAGUGUUUUACUUUACUUCUGACAUGGUAACACAUAGUGUCACUAUAAUUUAUACCUCUACGGGAAAAAUACGCAAUACGAGUUCGUAUGUAAUUUCUUUUUUUAACGCGUGACGAUACUCGAAAAUACCCUAAAACAAUGCUGAUAGUCUCGUCUGUCUCUCCGAGCCACUUUCCAUACACGUAUAAAAGUCAAAUGGAGCAACUUCGAUGCUCCCAAUGGCGUGAACGCCUUGCAUGCGACAAGCGAGGAAUCGAGAGUGUAAUAAGAUAAAAAUGUGUGCGGGACUACAUGUAAUCUUACCUCGUGUGUCUUGUUUACGACUAACGAAACUCUCAAUCAAGCACUUUGUACAGGAUAUAUACAGGAUAUAUAUAAUAAUAAUUAUGAUAAACACCCUUUUCCACACGAUUUUGAGUAAAUCGGUUAUAUAUCGGUAUAUAUACAUUGUAGGUACAUAUGCACGUAUAUGUAUAUGUGCAUAUAUAUACAUAUAUAUGCAUAGAAAUUCUCUCUUUUAUAUAUUUUUGUGAAACUCAAGAAUGUGUCUACACACAGGUACACAAACGUACACGACUUAUGCUUACACCGAUGACACGGCACACGGCGUACUUUUGCGCUUAUGCAAAUACAAAAUAAAAAGAAAGAGAGAGAAAGGAUCACAUAGUCAUGCGCUUAGCGCGUACGGAAAUGACGAAGUGAACAAGAAAAAUCUGCAUACGAGUAAAGAGACGUUUAUAUGGUCUUAAGUGAAAAUUAUUACGAGCAUGUGUCAUCAGACCCGGCAUCUGAUUGAUUGGUUAUCCGUUGCUGUAUAAAAUAUUCAAUUAAAUGAUGAGAAAAGAAAAAAAAAGGUAAUUGAUUAAAGAGAACUAGCUGUGGUAGACGCUGCCGUGUUCAUAUAUGCAUACCGUGUAUAACUGCUGCUGCUGCUGCUGCUGUUGCGAUAUCCACGUGCACUGUUCACUGCCACCGCAGUUCGUGUUAUCAUCGUAUAACCUUAACAUGACUCGAUUAAGACGAGAAGAUUCGUGAGGCGGUGCGCUAUCGCGUAUCCGACUAUAGAAAUUCAGUAAUGCCGAAUGGCCCUGUAAUGAUGCCGUGACGAACUUUCCAAUCUGGUCGCGCGAAAGACGUCUUGGAAAUCGCUCACGGAUAAGACCGUGUCGUGUUAUCGUCAUUGGUAGCGAAUCAAAAGAAAAACAUUUACGUAUGUUAGAUUAAUGAGUUUUGAGUCGAAUGAAACGGAAUUGUACACCUUCGAUUUUUAUUGAUUUUCAGAGAUUCAUAAAGCGUUCUGUAUUAACGAUCGAUCUUGUGCUACCAGUGACGUUAACAGUGAUUAUUUUACUUUCCUUUUUCUUCCUGGACUUUUCUCGUCUUAAGAGAAUUAUGCAAAUUCGUACAUUUAGAAUUGUGCAAGUCGUUCAUUCACUCGUCAAAGCCUUGUGUAGAAUUUUAUGGUAAUUGUCAUUAUUGUCUGUCACAAUAAGCCAAAGUCAGUUAUAUAUAUGCCGUAUCGUAAUAACUUUGAGGUAACGAGAGUCGAUGAGUUAUCGCGACGGUUUGAUAAUUGAUAAUCGUUGACGCAUGUUAUCAUGCAUAUGCGGAAAAGAAGUAACGUUUCUUUUGUUAUACGAGUUACACGAUUUUGAUUUUCGGAAACGUUUGGAAUUGGUGGAGCGUCUCCUGAUGAUCUUUCUCAUCGUUUUGAGGUACGAUGUCGCGUAAAAGUCGAUGAUCUCUUCUGAACCGGAAAUCAUUGGACCUGACGAAGAACUGUACUGGCUCAUUGUGAUAUACAAAAAUUUAAAUUCGCGCACUCUCUUAAUAAUUAAUUCAAGCACCGAUUCAAUCGAUUCAUCAUCCUUAUCAUAUUCUCUCGUGCCACGGCUACGUGGCGCAUUUGCGUGUGUGUAUGACGUAUGUAUCUAAAGGAACAACCAAAAGGAAAAUGAAAAAAAAAUAAGAUGAAGCGAUUCGAACUCUAUGGGGAUUAUAAGAUGUAUAAAGAAAAAUUGGCGCGCAGAGCGUUCGCCACCUUCAAUGCCUCAUUGACCUCAUCUAAUGCUUUUUUAUCUGUACAUUUACAAUUUGUGUACCAAUGAGGAACGUUGUUUAAUCAUGUUGUUGAUGUUAUUGUUAAAGAAUGAGAUUCAAUAUUGUACAUAACUAUAUAUUCAUUAUAAUUGAUGAUAUAAAUAAUUAUAUACAUAAAAAGAAAAGGAAGUCAUCUCAAAUCCGUUUGUCCCGUUGUUUCAGCAAGUGCCCCGUACAAUUUUUAUAUAAGCUGUGCCAAUUGAUUCCCAAUCGAUAGUGUCUCGCGUGAUUGAUAUCGUAUUACGGAAUAUAACGUACAUUUUUCAUUAUGAACAAUUUUCAUUAAAGAUCUGUGUCCGCUCGCGACUUUCAUUAGCGAUUUUAUUUAGAGAAUUUCGUUUGACAGCAGCAGGGAUGUCCAGAGGUGACAAUGACUCGAGUGCGUAAUGGAAUACGAAUAAUUUGAAAUGCGCAGGCAGAAAUGUACAUAAAAUAAAAGGGUUUAGAGAUUUUCUUUGUGAUAAUUGCGUUGAAUGAACGAAUGAUGAUAUGCGUUUGUGUGUAUGAAGAAAAUUAAAGUUCGAAUAAAAAAUUUCAAAAAUU